AUGGGAGACCUUGUCAACGACAUAAACGGCUUCAUAAGUCAGCACAAUGCCAGAAAAGGACCACAACCUUCACAACACCGCUUCACUCCCACACCAGACUACUAUGCUUCAACCUUGAUAUUCUCAGAAGACGGUGCAAAUAGACCUCCUACUCAAAGUGUCAGCAUGUCGAACGCCAGUAGCUCGACGUACAUGUCAUCUUGCUUUGACAUGCCAACUCCUCAAAGCUCAUCUACUCACACUGAACCCCCUCCUGUUUCCAUCCCAUAUCAGCAGAUAUCGGUGCCUUCUUCACCCCUUGUGUGCGAAUUCGUACGCUACACAGGAUGUAAUGCAACUUUCGACCCCAACGAUGAGGCUGGAUGGAUCGAGCAUAUCGUGGCCUUCCAUCUUGGUAAUGCAUUUCCUGCAGUGUGUGUAUGUUGGUUUUGCGAUAAAGGAUUCAGAGCAUCUUCAUGUAGUCAACCUGACACUGAAGCAUGCUACCAAAAACGAAUGCGUCAUAUCGCUAAGCACUUCCGGAGAGGCGUGACAGAGAGACAAAUCCGUCCAGACUUCUUCUUCCUCGAUCAUGCUUAUAGCUGUGGUCUGAUCGAUGAGGAGACGUUCCAAAGAGAAAAGAUGUCCCAUGAGGCUCCUCAACUAUCGGGUCUGCAUGCUGCUGGUUGGAGGCCUGAGCAAAGGCUGUCGCAAGGCCAAGUUGAGAUACAUCGUUCACGCCACCGGGGUUCGUCAGCUCGGAAUCGUGCGUCGCAAAGAUACUACAGUUGA